CACCAUUAAGAAAUUUGUACUGCGAACACGUCUCGGAUUCCAUUUCAGCUGCCGUGGCAUAAUGCCGGGUGCUCUCGGUCCCCGAUCUUGCAAAAAGUCUUGGAUCCGCCCCGAAUAAGCCCAUUCCACUAAAUGUCGCUGGCACAGACGGAUCCACUGAGCAUCCCGAUAUGCAAUACUCAGUACCAUGCCACGCCCGAAAGUCCAUCCAGCCAAUCGCCGGCGAGCCUACGAGGCUUGUCUAGCCUGCAGGGCGACGAAGAAACGAUGCAGCGGGACCUUUCCAUGCUCCAAGUGCGUCCGGCUGGGACGCGCAGAGACCUGUGUUCCGAGCCCACGGUCGACUGCUCAACGACCGGCCGGUAGCACCCACCCCUUGGAAAAUGGCAGUGUUGUCUCGGACUCUGCGACUCGGCCAGCCACCACGCUCAGCGUUAAUCCCCCGGCCGAUCGAGCGGAUUUCGAUUCUCAUUCCCAGCUUUCUGCGCCCGGCCACUCGACCCGUCCGGUGUCCCCGGAGACGCUGCAUAGAACCCAUCCGCGGAUGCUGCGCAAUCUACACGGAGAACGAGUCUACGUGGGAAAGGCUGCGUCCUUGUCUUUCUUGCAGCUGGUCCGCGACACCGUCUCACAGUAUCUUGGGCCGUCGCAAUUCUCCCAUAAUGGGAAAAGCGAAGAUAUGCUGGAGACGGAAACCCCGCGAGACAUUCCACCGGCUCUAGACAUCACUCUCGACUCUUAUCAGCUGCUGGAAUAUCAUCGGGCCUACGGCUCGGCCACCAGUGGCUUCAUCUACGUUUUGACGGAUACAGAAGCGAUAGACUUACUUGACGGGCUAAUUGAGCCUAACACCCGUCAAGGCAAGACAAAGUCCGCACUGGCCGAUAUGAUCAUUGCCAUCGGGGCCCAAUCUACCAAACGGACUCCGUCAAUGGAGCAAGCCGAGCGCUUUUUCUUUUCGCGCGCGCAGCGCAGCGCUUUCGAAAGGAUGCUGGAGAAUCCAAGCCUAGAGCUGAUCCGUCUAUUCCUGUUAAUGUCCUUUUAUAUGCUGGGGGCUUGUCGUCGGAAUACCGCCUUCAUGUACCUGGGCGUGGCCGUCCGAGCUGCCGUGGCAUUAGGUCUCCAUCUCACCGAGCUAGCGGAUGCCGUCCCCAGCCCCGAGCAGCAUCAAAGAGCACGGGUAUGGAUGAGUGUUUAUAUCUUGGACCUUCUGGUCAGCUCUAUUCUUGGUAGACCGGCUGCGACCGGCGCUUUACGUUCCGAUGCGGAGCAUAGUUCUAUUCGCUACCCACAGCCAGAGAGCCAUAUGGCGAUGAGCUUGCUCGCUUCCUACAAAGUUUCGGGGAUUCUAGAAGAGAUUAUUGCCCGCAUGUACAGCAAGGAAGGGGCCUCGGCCGAGGUCGCAGAGUCGCUUCUGGCCAAGCUCAAGCAAUGGAGCAAUGGCCUACCGGGACCGUUGGUGGAACCUCCAGACCUCAACUUUGACGACCCUGCUGCCCGCAGGCACAUAAUCGGCAAUCUGCACAUCGCGUGCACCUACCAUUUUGCGGUGAUCAUCGUGACGCGGCCAUUUCUGAUAUCUGUAUUGGGUGUUCGGCUCGCACGGUUGCAUGGCGGUUCUGUAGACCGGUUGUCGGACGAUUCAUUACACGAAGAACCAGCACAUUCCAACUUGGCAAUCGCUUGCACCGAUUCGGCCCUGUACAUGAUACAGACAUGCUCUGAGGUGCAUCGCUCUGGCUUAUUGCUGGGUAAUAUGUGCAUUCUAAAGGCGUUUGUGUUCGCUGCUGGCUUGGUUUUAGGGUUUUCCAUGUUUUCUCGGAGAGAAGCAGACCCGCCACUAGACCAGGCCUACAAAGAAGCUCUUGAGAUCCUGCGUGUGCUUUCUGAUCAAUCCGCCCAGGCAGCACAUUACGCUGAGAUUCUCAGUUACCUUGGGAAUGCCGUUGCCGAACAGCGUCAGCAACUGAUGCACCAUUCUCAGCAGAAUCAAAGUCGCUAUGUCAGUAAACUUUUCAGUCUGGAUGAUCGCAGACCUUCGACGGAGAUUCCGGGGCUUGCUGCAGCAACGGAUAUCGCUGGCAUGCCACCUGAUGGCGGCAUCGCCGAGUCGUGGGGUGAUCUUCAGCGCCCAACCUUUAUGGACUCCCUGGACAUCGGUGCAUUUCCCGGUCUUGACGGGAUGCAGUUGCCGGUAUGGGACAGCUUCCCAUUCCUCGGCGAACCGUUUCAACUACACGGCCGAGUUAACGAGACAAAUUGAUGCUACAUGGAUAAGCUGUACGGUGCUUGUAACGUCGCUUUUGACUGUAGAUAGCGGAAGGCUUUCGGGCUGCUUCUUUAUCCGAUAACGGAAGGAUCCGCGUCUAGCCGGGGGAGGUUAGCGCCGAGUGACUCCCCUCUUUGCCGCUCAGCAGUCACUCCCUGCUCCAAGAUCAUCGUUCGGUCGGGUUGUUUUGGUCGAAAGAAAGUCAACCGGCAGCCUCGAAACAACCCAUCACAUAGAUGGCGGAGCUACCGAGGGGACCCCCGGGUGUUACGCGUAGGGGGUAUAUGGGAAAGUCCCGAUCGGGCUGUCUGACAUGCAAGUAAGCGGCCCGUUGGUGUCUAUCACAAGCCAACUAAUGUAUUCCAGGAGUAGGUGCAUGCCAAGUUGGCUGUGAAUACAUGCGUGUUAACUGCACUCCAUAGAGCGACG